AACACCUUUACAAAGUACUUGUCAUUGGAGAAUAUGGAGUUGGUGGGUCUUUUAACGAUCCUCUUUAAUUUGAAUAUAUCUCCUGCUGAUCGUUGUUCUCUUUGUCUUUUUUCACCAGGGAAGGUAAGCGAGGAUGAUGGUCGUUCAGCUCUUGAGGACUUCCGUGUGCUGUGGUUUUUGCCCACUUUCGGGUCCUUCACACCAAACUACAAGCUUACAAUAGGAGUUGAUUUUGCUUUGAAAGUUCUCUACUGGGAUGAAAUGACAAAGAUUAAUCUUCAGCUUUGGGAUGUUGCUGGCCAUGAGAGAUUUGGUCACAUGACAAGGGUGUAUUAUAAAUAUGCAAUUGCUGCCAUAAUUGUAUUUGACUUGACAAGACCACCAACAUUUGAUGCAGUUCUUAAGUGGCACUGGGAUGUAAACCAAAAAGUUAUGCUGACUAAUGAAAAACCAAUUCCAGUUCUCUUACUAGCAAAUAAAUGUGACUUGAAAGAACAUCCUUAUGAUGAGGAAAGAUUGAAUCAAUUUUGUCAAGAACAUGGAUUCAUUGGCUGGUUUCCAACAUCAGCAAAAGAGGACCAAAAUAUUGAUGAAGCAAUGCAGCUACUGGUGCAAGCCAUUUUAAGUGUGUCUGGUGAAAGCAAAACACCUAAUUUGAAUGAUUGUAUAGCCUUGCGAGGAACAGUGUUACAAUCUUCAAGCCUGAUGUCUUAUGACUCACGUUAUAUGGUGGACUUUUCGCAAAAAUAUCAAACUGAUGAAUCUUAUAGUCAAUCUGUCCCUCCCUCCAAGGAAAGAAAGUGUUGUCCUGGCUAGCAGCUUGACUACUAAAAUUAUAGCUCUAGCUUGUAACUGUACAUGCUUGAUAUGAAAAGGGGGUAAGUUUCUAAAGAAACUGUGGUGCUGCAUCUGUGGGAGAGUAUAUAAGGGUAAUUUAGUAUCAUCAACUGAGUUGAUACCAUAAAUUGGCCACAUUAAAAAGUUUAAAAAGCUGAUGUUUUGAGUGUUAACCCUUUGACAGAGCAAUGGACAAAGGGCUAACUCAUGAAACGUUAGCUUUUCAACUCUUUGCAGUGGCCAAUUUAUGUUAUCAACUCAGAGGAUAACACAAAAUUACCAUGCUUAAUGUAGCCUCCUUCGCCUGCAGCAAUUCUUUUGGGUCAAGGUUGUGGCAAUGUUUUGACAUUGCAUGACAUUCCAAAAACAGCUGCAAAUGUGAACUAAUUUAUCCUUUGAUUAACACGAGUCACCAAGAGAGAAUUUCUCCUUCCAAAUCAAUGCAAUAUCAAGCAGACAAGUGAUGAGAAUAAAGAAAAAUAUCAAUUAGGAGACUUAAGUUUAUCCAAUGUUAACUUCUCAGAACUAACAUUAGCUUUAACAUUUAGCUUUUUAACCCUUUACAGUGGCCAAUUUACGUUUUCAACUCAGUUGUUAACACUAAAUUACCUGUUAUACUCUCCCACUGAUGCAGCACCACAGUUUCUUUAGAAACUUACCCCCUUUAAGAAUUGUAAGGCAGACAGUAACAAGAAUUACUGGGUCAAGAUUGUGGCAAUUACCAGUCCCAUCAUGGGGAGUCCAAACAACAUCUGCUGAGGAGACUGCAUACAUAUUAUGCUCAGAAAUAUUGUAUGUGCUCACUGUAAUUUUAUCAAUAAUUAGAUUGUAAAAUAUUUUUUUUUAGUUUUCAUAUAGCUCUUUGUGUGUCUCAGGGAACUUAAAAUUUUUAUUAUGUAUAGUCAGAGAAAAGCAUUAUUUUUUCAAUAAUUUGUGGAAAAAAAAUAUUGUUUUAAAAUAAUUUUUUGAAUUUUGGAGACACAAAAUUUAUAUUAAUAUAUAGAA